AUGGGAAAACAUAAACAUAGUAAGGAUAAGUUAUAUAUUUUGCAAUCAGAAUAUAGAAGAGAUGCUGUGAAAAAGAAAUAUUUUAAGUCUCAAAAUUCGACUUAUUUACCUUUUAAUUAUUGUUGCAUAAGUUUAACACCAUUUGAUGAACCGUAUUGCGAUGAAAAUGGAAGAUUAUAUGAUAAAAAAAGUGUAUUAGAAGAAAUGAAAAAGAAGAAAAAUAAUGAAAAAACAGAACAUUCAAUUAAUAUAAAGAAUUUAAUUAAAGCAAAUUUUUACAAACACAAUAAUGAAUACAUAUGUCCUAUAACAAGAAAAUAUUUUAAUAAGCAUACAAAAAUUAUUCUAAAUAAAAAAACAGGCAAUGUUUAUUCAUCAGAAAUAUUUAAAUUGUUCAAAAAUAAGAACGAAAUGUUUGAUCCACUCACUCAUGACUAUAUGAACAAAUCAGAUUUAAUAGUAUUGCAAGAUCCUCUGAAUACAAAUAAAGUACAAGAAAUAAAUAAAGAAAUUAUACAAAAAAAUAAAAAUACAACUCAAUCAAUUCAGGAAAAUGGUGCAAUUAUUAAUAUAUUAGAAGAAGUUAAAAACAAAAAAAAAGAAAAUGAAAAAGAUAUGAGGUACAAAAAUGAGAGUGAUAUUAUUAAGACAGAAGAGACUUACGAAAAUAUAUCAAUUCAUAAUAAAGAGGGAAUAAAAAAUGAAAUGCAAUUAAAGAAAACAAAUAUAUAUGAAAAUGAAGAAUUUAAUAAAUUAAAUAAAAGGGAUAAAAAUAUUUCUCUAUAUGAUAGUGACAGUAGUGAAAAUGAAUUAAAAAUAAAAUGUAAAAAUUACAGCGAUAAUAAAUUAGCGCAAUGCGUAACUUCAACUAUUUCUAAUAUAACAUACAAAAACGAUUUUAUUUAUCUUCCUGAAAGUGAAGUUUAUAAUAUAGUAUAUGAAAAAGUUCAUAAAAAUAAAAAAAAUAGUUAUGUAAGAUUGAUAACUGAUAUAGGUAUGAUAAAUAUAGAGUUAUACGCACAUAUUUAUCCCAAAUUAUGCCAUAAUUUUUUAUUUUUAUGUGAAUAUAAAUAUUAUAAUAACACAGAUAUUUUUAAAAAAAAUGAAGAUAUUGUUUACUUAGGAUCAAGUAAAAAUAAUUUUCAUUGCGCAGCAUCAGGAUUUUAUUGGAAGAAAAAAUUGAAAAAAAAUAAUUUAAGAAAUAAAUUAAAUGAAGUAAAUAUUCAAAAACUUAAAGAAAAAUUAAUGAGUGUAAAUAGUGAUAAUGAUAGUGAUGUAGAUAUUAAGUAUAUAAAAUACAAUGAUAAUAAACACAUUGGAGAAAAUAGUUGUUUCGGUAACAUUUAUUUCUUCAAAUAUUAUAACCAAAAAUAUUCAAAUAUGUUUUACAUAUGUUUAACUGAAAAUUACACAACUAAUGAUAUAUGUAUAGGGAAAGUCGUAGGAGGAAAUGAGACAUUAAUUAAAUUAAAAAAUUUAGAUUCAGCAAUAAAUAAUGAUAUGCAUUAUAGUCUAAAUGAAACCAUUAUAUAUACUAAUCCAUUUAAAGAUGUUAUAAAAGAAAUGAAAGAAAAAAUUAAAACUGAAGAAAAAAAAGUAAGCUUACAAGAAAAUAUAGGAAGCUUCAUAGAUGAUGAAAACUUUGUAGAAAAUAAAAAUGAUAAUGUAGGAAAAUACAUAAAUUGGAAUGAAAUAAAAAGAAGCAAUCAUUUAAAUAAUGAUGAAGAAUUAAAUAAACAGAGAUUAAAUAUAUUAAAAAAAGAAACUAGCUCAAAAUUAACAAAAAUGGAUUUUUCAUUUUGGUGA